CUUUGAGCCAUGCAAAUAUUUUGGACGUUCUCAAUCCCUGCUGGGAGGCACAGAUCAAGAGAUCCUGAAGUCCAGGCAUGCAGAUUUCUUCAAAAAUGUCUCUCUACAAUGGGACAGCCCUGUAUUUGUGCUCCCUUAAAACCUUGCUGUAUCAAAGCAAAGGAUAUGAAGAUAACUUGAAAGGAAGAAAAAGAUAAGAUAUGGGCCUUCUGCAAUGCUCUGUGUCAAGACAACAUUUUGAUUUGGGACACCAGCAUAGAUUCAUCUUGAUCUCGGAUUCAGCUAAUACAUGAGGACUUCUUAACUAAUGAUCCCUUGCCAUGAAGUCUGAAUUCUUUUUGAUAUUUGGAGACCCACGUGGACAUCCAGUUCUCCUGAUCCAUUGCCAGCUAAACUCCUGCCUGUGAAAACAUCCAGCUGCUAGCAGCAUGUGGAGGAAUCUCGAUUUGUGCCUGAGGCAUCCCUUCCAGCACUUCCUGACAUUUGAAGCUUGGAAGACUUACAAGUGAAGAAAAAGAAAACAGAAGAUAAAUUUACUGGAGCUUCCAAGAAAUUAGAGGUGUUAUGGUGUGGACAAGGUUUCUGCAAAAAGAAAAACAAAAGGCUAGAGAAAGAGGACUGACGUUCAUGUGACCAAGGAGAAGGCAAAGAAGGGGUUAGCAAUAAACAGGAAGCUGAUGGAAGACUCCAAAAGCAGAGCCUUGCUGAAAUCUGGAAUACUGGAAGUAGAGAAAUGCAAAAGCAGCUGGUAGAAAUAAUGAAUCGGAAACAUAAUUAUCAGAAAUGCUAUGCCUUGUCAGCCACCUCCCAUAGUGAACACUGAGGCAGUUAUUACAGCAAUAGGACUUUACUAACCCCUGGAUAUGCUCUUAUACAAAUUCUGUAGAACAGUUUUUCUACCGGAAACUUAAUUUUAGCACAUUUUCACCUGGCAGAACUAUCUUUUUCUUUGUAUUGAAAACAUAAACAUGGAAGAUGCAAAUUCUAACUGAAACAUGGGGUUGAUUUUGGGCUCCUAAAAGUUCUGGGAUUGUUGAGUGGCCACCAAGAGGAAAGGCCAGAUGAAAAAAUUAACUUCAUUUUUGCAUAGGCUAGACAUUUAGAAGCCGCACAAGAGCAUAGAGAGUAAGUCAGUGAAGGUAAUUAAAUAUACAGAAAACAUGUCUGUCUUAGGAAGCCACUUCUUGCAAGUGGUCGGAGCUGAGUAAGUAUUUGGAAAGAUAUGUCAAUAUCUGCAUUCUUGCUCCAGUCUGUAUUUUUUUCUAUAGUUGUGUAUACAGCUUUGGCCACUCAAAGACAGGAUACUGAGCUGGAUGGACUGAUUUGACCUACUAUCGCUGUUUUUAUAUAUGGACUGCAGUUUACCACAGUAUUUCAGCAUUUUAACUUCUGGCAAUGAGUUUAGUUUCUUCUUUUCAAAAUUGGAAGGGUGGUAUAUGUUUGUUUACCUUCCAAGUGAAUGUAGGAGUAAAGCUUCUGUCUGGUCUUCAUUUAAGUAUAUUAUAGAAUCUCUAUCAUUAUACUGUCUUGAUAGCAAAUCUACAGUACUUUCAGAAAUUCAUUUUUGUAGAUGAGUGAGGCACAAAAAGUUUUGCUGCGUGCUGAUUUAAAAAUAAAUAAAUAACAAAUCAAAAUCUGUCCUUUGAGGAGGACCACGUUUUUGCAAUCAACUUGGAUUGAGUGCUGUGUAAAACAAGUAAAACCUAGUUCCUUCAUCACAGAACCUGAGAAUCCUGUUUAAACAUAAUACAAUGUGAAGUAGUAAUAUAUAAAGUAUACUUUUUUACUAGCAGCAUUAAUAUACUAACUUCUUUAAAUAUCAGGUGUGUCAUUUGUGUCUGAGGCUUAAUAUUAAUAGUGUGAACAUCUUGAUGUUUGUUAUAAGUUUUGUUGCCAGUGCUUAAAGUUGUAUCAAGCUUUAAUUUAAAGGAAAUUACAUGAUAGAUUGUUCUACCUUGGAAUAACAGAAUGAUAUUGUAUUAACUCUGAGCAAGCAUUGUGAAUACAUUCUUCCGAAAAGGCUUUAGCUGAAAACAAUUACCAUUGUGCUGGGUGCUGUAUGUAGAAGACACUUUCACUUAUUAUACAAGUUUCCAUCAUUGUGGACCAGCUAAAGGAAGGCAAGUUAAGCAUUGUUGUAGUCAGUGACGUCCCCAUCCCUCCCCUGCUCCAUGUUUUUUGCAUGAGCAACUUUUAUUUUUGAGGAUAGUUGCUGGAAGAAGCAGUCUUUGUGCCCAACAGCAGAGUUAGGGCAUCAUGAUAUUUUUUGAAAUAUUUUCUGAGUGAGAAUAACAUGGCAGUGCCAUAAUGAAAAUAUGGGAGCACUGAGUCUGAGGCAGGUAAAAUGAAAUAGUGAUUUGUAUACAGUCUGGUGAAAACAGAGCUGCCUGAGGGUGGUUUUAAAAUCUUGACUUUUAUGCUUGUGAAAGAUUAAUGCUUCCAGAAGGAAUAGACAGGGGAUUUCAGAUUUUGAGCUGAAAAUUUUCAUCACUACACAGCUUGUAUUAUCUCUUCUUAUUAAGCCAAGCAAGUCCAGAUGGUGUUAAUUCAGAACUUAAAGUACCAAGAAGUGAUUUCAAAGCUGGCAGAUAUGCAUGCAUGUACAUGCAGUGCAGAAGGUUGGUUUACAAUACAGUUUGAGACUAACGGAAUGGGACAAGAAAUUGUACUAAGAUUCAUAUGUAUUGCUUUUACCAAAACUUUUGUUCAGCAUUAUGCUUUUAUUAUGAAAACACUGAAGAAAAGCCAUGAAUCAGAUACAAUGUCUAAUAGAAUUGUGCAUAUCAGUGUUCAGUUGUUCAGCAAUGAAGAACUAGCACGUCAAGUAACAGAAGAAUGUCAGCUACUGGACAUUAUGGUCACUGUUCUGUUAUAUAUGAUGGAAAGCUGCCUUAUUAAAAGUGAAUUGCAAGAUGAAGAAAACAGUUUACAUGUUGUGGUGAAUUGUGGGGAAGCACUACUGAAGAAUAAUACUUACUGGCCCCUGGUUAGUGAUUUUAUAAACAUACUUUCACACCAAAGUGUGGCAAAGAAAUUUUUGGAAGAUCAUGGUCUUUUGGUAACAUGGAUGAAUUUUGUAUCGUUCUUUCAAGGUAUGAAUUUAAAUAAACGGGAAUUAAAUGAGCAUGUGGAGUUUGAAUCGCAGACAUACUAUGCUGCCUUUGCUGCUGAGCUGGAAGCCUGUGCCCAGCCAAUGUGGGGUCUUCUGUCACACUGCAAAGUUAGGGAAACACAGGAAUACACACGAAAUGUUGUCAGAUACUGCCUUGAAGCACUUCAGGACUGGUUUGAUGCUAUCAACUUUGUAGAUGAGCCAGCUCCUAACCAAGUUACUUUUCAUUUGCCACUGCACCGUUACUUUGCCAUGUUUUUAAGUAAGGCUGUCAAAUGCCAAGAACUAGAUCUGGAUACUAUCUUGCCAGAUCAGGAGAUGCUGAUGAAACUAAUGAUUCACCCACUUCAGAUUCAGGCAAGUCUUUCUGAAAUUCACAGCAACAUGUGGGUUAGAAACGGUCUACAAAUUAAAGGACAGGCCAUGACAUACGUGCAGUCUCAUUUCUGCAAUUCAAUGAUUGAUCCUGACAUUUAUCUGUUGCAAGUCUGUGCCUCUAGGCUGGACCCAGAUUAUUUUAUUUCAUCCGUUUUUGAAAGAUUUAAGGUGGUAGAUCUGUUAACGAUGGCAUCACAGCAUCAAAAUACAGUUCUCGAUUCAGAGCACGAAAGGUCAAUGUUGGAAGGAGCCUUAACAUUUUUGGUCCUUCUGUUAAGUCUUCGUUUACAUUUAGGAAUGACAGAUGAUGAGAUCCUCAGAGCAGAAAUGGUAGCCCAACUCUGUAUGAAUGACAGGACACACAGUUCAUUAUUAGAUCUCAUUCCAGAAAACCCCAAUCCUAAAAGUGGUAUUAUUCCAGGAAGCUUAAGCUUUGAAUCAGUCUUGUCUGCAGUUGCUGAUUUUAAAGCUCCUGUUUUUGAACCUGGAGGUUCCAUGCAACAAGGAAUGUAUACACCUAAAGCUGAAGUUUGGGAUAAGGAAUUUGACCCUGUCAUGGUAAUACUUCGAACGGUUUACCGUAGAGAUGUGCAGUCUGCAAUGGACAGAUAUACAGCAUUUUUAAAGCAGAGUGGUAAAUUCCCUGGGAACCCAUGGCCUCCUUACAAGAAGAGAACACCACUACAUCCAAGUUACAAAGGUCUCAUAAAGCUUUUACACUGCAAAACCCUGCACAUCGUGCUGUUCACACUUCUUUACAAGAUAUUAAUGGAUCAUCAGAAUUUGUCAGAACAUGUGCUUUGCAUGGUUUUGUAUUUGAUUGAGCUGGGGUUGGAAAAUUCACCAGAACAAGAGGCAGAUGAAGAGGAAUCUGCAAGUGGACAAGAGCGUUGCCAUGACAGUUGGUUUCCAGGUAGUAACUUGGUUUCUAACAUGCGUCAUUUCAUUAAUUAUGUCCGAGUAAGAGUACCAGAAACUGCUCCAGAGGUGAAGAAGGAACCACCUGCAAGUACAAGUUCUGAUGGUUUAGCUUCAUCGCAAAGUUCAAGGCGGAAGAGCCUCCAGAGAGAGAACCUGGGGACAGCUCAAGUGUUCAGUUUGGUCGCAGAACGUAGAAAGAAAUUUCAGGAGAUCAUCAAUCGGAACACCAGUGAAGCAAAUCAAGUGGUUCGGCCGAAAACAUCAAUGAAAUGGUCAGCACCUGGUGCUACUCCACAGCUUACCACAGCCAUUCUAGAAGUCAAGGAAAGCAUACUGUCCUUGCUAAUUAAAUUGCAUCACAAACUCUCAGGAAAACAAAACUCUUACUAUCCUCCGUGGUUGGAUGAUGUGGAUGUUUUAAUCCACCCAGAAAUUCCAAGAUACUCUCACGGUGAUGGAACGACGGCAGUAGAAAGAAUUUUAUUGAAAGCUGCUGUACAGAGCAGAUUGAAUAAACGUAUAAUUGAAGAGAUAUGCAGAAAGGUGACACCUCCUGUACCACCAAAAAAGAUUAGUUCUGCAGAGAAGAAAACUUUGGAUAAAGAAGAAAGGCGACAGAAGGCCAGAGAAAGGCAACAGAAACUGCUGGCUGAAUUUGCCUCAAGGCAGAAAAGCUUCAUGGAAACUGCCAUGGAUGUUGAAUCGCCAGAUGCUGAUAUUGCCAUGGAGGUAGCUACAUCAGAACAGCAUGUUUCUGAGGCAAUAUAUGAUUGUGUUAUUUGUGGACAAAGUGGUCCUUCUACUGAAGAGAGGCCUACAGGGCUAGUUGUACUAUUACAAGCAUCCUCAGUGUUGGGACAAUGCCGCAAUAGCACUGAGCCAAAGAAACUACCAACUACUGAAGAGGAGCAAAUAUAUCCUUGGGAUACCUGUGCAGCACUGCAUGAUGUGAGGCUUACAACUUUACAGCGAUACUUUAAAGAUAGUUCCUGCCUGCAAGCAGUGUCAAUAGGCUGGGAAGGAGGUGUUUAUGUACAAACUUGUGGUCACACAUUACACAUAGAUUGUCACAAAUCUUACAUGGAAUCUUUACGGAAUGAUCAGGUCCUCCAGGGUUUUUCAGUGGACAAAGGAGAAUUUACCUGUCCCCUCUGUAGGCAGUUUGCUAACAGUGUUCUUCCUUGUUAUCCUGGAAACAACGUGGAAAGAAGCCUCUGGCAAAGUCAUAGUAACAAAUGUAUGCAAGAUCUUGUACAAGAGGUGGAAGAUCUUCAAGAACAGCUGGGAACUUUCCCAGUAAGCAUCAGUUCUGAAACCAAUCUCAGUAAAGAAAUGGAAUCUGUAAUGAAAGAUAUAAAAAGUACCACACAGAAGAAGUAUACAGAUUAUAGUAAGAGUCCUGGAUCACCUGACAAUGAUUUUCUAUUUAUGUAUUCAGUAGCCAGAACAAACUUGGAACUUGAGCUGGUCCAUCGAGGAGGCAAUUUAUGUUCAGGAGGUGCAAGCACAGCUGGGAAAAGAUCAUGUUUAAAUCAGCUGUUCCAUGUGUUGGCCAUGCACAUGCGCCUCUACAGUAUAGACUCUGCAUACAAUCCCUGGAGAAAACUAACCCAGCCGAUGCAGGAUAAAAAUUCAGAACUUGAUGGAAUUCACCAUGCAUUGGUCAUAUCAAGGCUGCUAAGCGAAGAGCUGCCAGAAGUUCCUGUGCUCUACAGAGAUGUCUCAUCCCUUUUGCUUAUCCAGAUUUUAACCAUGCCUCAACCAUUGCACAAAGAACACUUCACCUGCAUUAUAAAAGUGCUGUUCACUUUAUUGUAUACUCAAGCCUUGGCAGCACUUUCUGUUAAAUGCAGUGCUGAAGAUAGGAUGGCAUGGAAAGAGUCAGGAGUUCUCAAAAAGAAUACAUCCAGUGGAGAAAAAUCUUGGGAAGUAUUGCUGGGCCAUGUGAUUAGUGAGCUGUCUAAGGGGAAGAUAUAUGAAGGAGGAGAGACUGAAGAAUUAACAGUGGUAAAUCCUGAUUCUGUAGAGUGCUAUCUGCAGCAGUUCUGCCUGCCUUUCCUCAGGAUCACAAGCCUUCUUCAGCACCAUCUUUUUGGAGGGGAUUUACCUAGUUGCCAGGAAGACGAAGAAUUCACAGUUCUUGCAAGCUGCCUAGGUCUAUUACCAUCUUUUCAGUCAGCUCAUCAGUUCACCAGUGCCUCUUGUCUCGAUUGGCCUGUGCCAGCAUUUGACAUGAUAUCACAGUGGUGCUCAGAAUUGGCUUCAUUUGCAGAUAGACAUCCAGAUCAAGUAAAGGCUUUGCUUAUCCAGGAGCCUAAGUGGGACUUGCCACGCCUCCUUCAGCUGCCUGAGAAUUAUAAUACCAUUUUUCAGUAUUACCACAGAAAGACUUGUACUGUUUGUACCAAGGUUCCUAAAGAUCCUGCUGUUUGUCUCGUUUGCGGUACUUUUGUAUGCUUGAAAGGACUAUGCUGCAAACAACAGAGUUACUGUGAAUGUGUGCUGCAUUCUCAGAAUUGUGGAGCUGGGACAGGAAUAUUUCUUUUGAUUAAUGCAUCUGUAAUCAUUAUCAUACGAGGGCAUCGUUUCUGCCUUUGGGGCUCUGUGUAUCUGGAUGCACAUGGUGAAGAAGACAGAGAUCUUAGGCGUGGUAAACCUCUCUACAUAUGCAAGGAAAGAUACAAAGUGCUUGAGCAGCAGUGGGUGUCUCAUACUUUUGAUCAUAUCAAUAAAAGAUGGGGGCCACAUUAUAAUGGCUUGUAAAUCAGCAGCAGCAGCAUCUACACACCGUAUCAUUGCUGUUACCAUGAAUGAAUGCAUCUUGACUGACAAUAGCUUUAAUUGUACGGCAGUUUAGCUCUUUGGCUUGGGGUCAAGUGGGGUAUGGGCAUAAAAGGGAAAUGGAACUUUGUCAAUGUGUGAAACUUUUGCAAAAUUAGCUGCUGUUGCUACUAAAUAAUGAUACAAUAAUUUGCAAUUAAAUCCUCAGAAUGGUGUGAGCAAUCUGAUUGCACUCAGUAGUCCAUUUUUCUUUUGUUUUUUAAAGCCCAUUAUUGUUAAGAAGCACAAAUUUUACUUACAGUUGUUUAGCAGCUCCAGGGAUAGCUGUCAGGUUUUUAUUUUUCUCUGCAUGGAGUUGAGUUUUUAGCAGUUUUUGCUGAAACAGUGUAUAUGUCCACUACAUCUACUAAAUAUGUUGGAUAAAAUUUCUUUGCCUUUUUUGUGUUGGUUUGAGGUUUUUGCUUGAUACGCGUUUGUAAUUGGACAGGGUUUGUGAAACGAUUGUGAGACUGCAUGGUAACAAUUGAUCUGAAAGUUGAAUUUUAAAGAGUAUUUCACUUAUGAGAGGUCUAUUGAAAUAUUUCAGGCAUUACUGAAAACUUGUGCGUUCUCAGGUAUUUCAUUUUUCUUUUCUCCAUAAAUAAGUGAAAUAGCUGUAAAUUAGGUAUCUUAUUGUUCUUAAUGUAAUCCAGAACACAUAUUCUUUUUAUUUUUUUCUUUUCCACGAAGGAGAUUAUUUUUCCAUGUCCAUUGAACAAACUGUUAGUGAUAACACAUACAGAAAUUGCUGUAUAUAGAGAAUUUGUAUGGCGCCCAACAUAGCAGAUCCCAGUUACAAGUGUAACAACCAUAAGCCUGCUUGUAAUUUGAAACCAGAUGUAUGUUUCAGAAUGAUUGAAUUGGAAAUGCGCAGGCUAUUCUGCAAAUGAAACAUAAUUUUGUAUCUUUCCUGUCAUUUCAGGAGGUUCCUCUAUAUUGUAUUUGUUUAGAGUAAUCACUGUUCUUUCUGUUUGGUUUCCUAAAAAGGAAAAAAAAAAAAAAUCAACAGAGAUAGCCUAGAUGAACAACCAAUGAAUGUGCAGCCUCAUUGGAUGAAUGCCAAAACAGUUUAUGCUUAGAGGGCUAAAAAAUUCAAGAGAACAGGCAUGACUGGGCUAAACCCCACAGUGUAAGUAGGUAGGAAACAGUAUAGUUAAAAUACUGGUAUGUAAUAUAUUGCUACUAAUGUUUUUCACAAGUGUUGGAUAUUCGUUGGCUAUUUCAUACAGUAGUACCAAGGAUUUCCUGGUAGUUUUGAUUUUCAUAGCUUGCGUGUAAAAUAAAAUUUAUAUGUGUAAAAUAGAAACAUCUUAUGAUAAAA